AUGGUGCGAACACCUCCAGACAUUACAUCAGCCUGGAACUUCCGAUCCUUCAGCGCUGGAGCCAGGGUCCCACGCGCUCGCCGAAUUGAGAAGAUACAGCAGCCUCCUCCGACAAACCCACAUGGGUGCCCUCGCAGAAACCACACCGGACCGUUCCGCUUCCUGGAGCUUCCUCAAGAAAUCAGAGACGAAAUCUACUCGUACCUAGUCGUCCGCCAAACUCCCCACUCACCCCCCAUCCUCGACGCAACCACGAUUCUCAAAAACCGCAAGAAACGCCUCGCAGCACGCAAAACCAGGGAACGCCUCAACCAGCAACGCCUCUUGGAAGGAAAACGCCCAACAUGUCCACACUCAACAUCAACAUCAACAAAUCAUCCGGAUCCCAUCUUACACGUCGACCUCCUCCGGACCUCGCAAAAGCUGGCGGAUGAAGCCACAGACUGCAUGUACUCGAAAAACGUCUUUGCAAUCUCCCUCGACAAACUGCCCCUCACAUCCUUCGACGCACCCCCCGGUUGGGACCUCUCCCGCAUCAAACGCCUCCAAAUCGAACUCCAACUCAAAGACGCCAUCCGCAUGAACCGCUACGUCGACUGGUCCUCCUUCUUCUCUUCCUUCCCCUCACUCCAGUUCCUGCGCCUCGUCCCCACGCUGCAUCCCCGCUACUACGAGUGGUCGCGCUGCGAGUUUACCGAGUGGGCCAGCAAGGAAACGCCGUUUGUGCACAAGGCUUUCUUUCGCGAGUUGCUCGUCGCUAUCCCCAGUUAUGUCGAUUUGAAAAUCGGGCUGCCCAGGGAUCUGCUUGCGCCUGCUGGUGGUGGUGGUGCCGUGCACGAGGUCCAGGUCCAAGGCAAAUUGGGCAUUGAUGACAAGUUUCUGUGGGAUAUGUAUCUCGAGUUGGGCAAUAGGCUGGGUGUCACGGGUAAGCCGCUUGCGGUGAGUAGAGUCGUGUGUUGA